GCAUGUGAUCGGGACUCGACGAGUCGAGGGAAGUGAGGAUCCUUGGUGUGGUGGUGCUGCUGGUGAACGAGAGAGAGAGAGAGAGAGAGAAGAAAGGAGUUCGUCCUGGAAACGGAAACGGCUAGAUGGCAGUCAGCACUCUCAACAUGACACCGUACUUCACUGGAUAUCCUUUUCAAGGACAGGGCCGCGUUAACCAGCUGGGUGGCGUGUUCAUCAAUGGCCGUCCAUUGCCGAACCAUACUCGUUUGAAGAUCGUCGAGAUGGCCGCGGCCGGCAUCAGGCCGUGCGUCAUAUCGAGACAGCUGAGGGUUUCCCAUGGCUGCGUCUCGAAGAUCCUGAAUCGGUAUCAGGAGACGGGAUCGAUCAGGCCUGGCGUGAUCGGCGGCAGCAAGCCGCGAGUCGCCACGCCGGAAGUCGAGGCGAGAAUCGAGGAUCUUAAGCGGCAGAACCCCGGGAUCUUUAGCUGGGAGAUACGCGAGAAGUUGAUAAAGCAGGACGGAGUCUGCGACAAAGCCUCGGCACCUUCCGUAUCCAGCAUCACCAGACUUCUACGCGGACCGACCAAUCAAACUCGUCCUGGCGAUGAUCCGCGCAGGAACCAUUCCAUCGAUGGCAUUCUUGCCGGAAGCAGCGGCGAUGAUUCUGAAACGGAAAGCGAACCUGGCAUCGCGUUGAAGAGGAAGCAACGAAGAAGCAGGACCACCUUCACCGGCGAACAAUUGGAACAACUGGAAGCCGCCUUUCAUCGCACGCAGUAUCCUGAUGUGUAUACUAGAGAAGAGCUCGCGCAAAAGACAAAAUUGACGGAAGCGCGAGUACAGGUUUGGUUCAGCAACAGACGCGCCAGGCUUCGCAAACAGCUGAACAGUCAACAACUGAACGCCUUCAACACCAUGAGCUUACAAUCCUUCCAGACCCAACACUACGGCAGCGGUGCUGAGAGCUAUCAGGGCUACGGGCAAGCGAGCGUUGCCGCCGCGGCAACCACUGCCGGCUAUUCUCAGCAUUACAACUACGGGGAAAAUGCAUAUUAUGCAGCGCAGCAGCAAUGGCCGCGAGCGACUUCGGAGAAUUAUGGAUUGUUCAAUGCCUCCCCUUAUGGCAGCAGCAACCUUGCCUCCAAUCUGACAUCCACCAAUCUUAAUUUGGGCAGUCUGGGCAGCAGCGUCAGCCCGACUGCCUCCAACAUGAGUGCUUGCAUGGUGCAAGGAAGCGCAGCCGCCGUGUCGGGGUCGACGGGAAUGACUCCUCAUGUGACACCGCACAGCCCCAGCGAGGCGAAGAGCGGAUAUCCAUACUUGGGCGGCAUAGAUUCUCAGGUUUGCGGAAGAGUUCAAUGAAUCAAUUAAUUUUCUUGUGAAGAGUCACAAAAAUGAAUUGAUUACACAAUUAAAAUAAGGUAUUAUCGUGAAAGAGAAAGCUUCAGAAAUCGCUUCAUUGUUAUUGUUAUCGAUUGCCUUCUUUAACACGUUCUG